CACACAAACACACACACACACACACACAAACACACACACACACAGAGAGACAAACAGCAACCAAACAGUAUUAGGGACAGACACAGCAACGGCCAUUGACAGAGACACAACUCCAUUCUCCACUAUGAUACAAUGCAACUGACAUGACUCCAGUCCUGAAAGAGAAGCACCAAGCCCUGGAGAGGUUGUCCUGCAGACUGCUGGGUUAGCAGAGCCAUCUUCACCCUCCAAGGUGAGAGAUGGACCCCCAGGUGAUGGUGCCUGGUCAGGCUGAACAUGGACUUCUUCUGCUGGGGCAGCUGGAGAGGAUGUGGGGGGCCAGGGAACUGACUGACGUGGUUCUCCUGGCCGAGGGCAUUCCAUUCCCCUGCCACCGGGUGGUGCUAUCCGCCUUCAGCCCUUACUUCCAGGCCAUGUUUACCUGUGGUCUGAGGGAGACCCGUGGAGGUGAGGUGCCUCUCAGGGACACUCCUGCCCAGAGCUUGGAGCUGCUCCUGGGGUACAUGUACCGCGCCCAGCUGCCUCUCUCCCACGACAACACUCAGGGAGUGGCCGCUGCUGCCUUCCUGCUGCACAUAGACGGGGCAUUCAGGUUGUGUCAGAGCUACAUGUUGGACAGCAUGGAUACUUCCAACUGUGUAGGACUGUACCACUGGGCCAGAGACCUGGGGGCCGCUGACCUGGCAGACCUCGCCCUGAGAUACUUGUGUCGUCACUUUGCCCAGGUGUGUCAGGAAGAGGAGGUGUUGGAGUUGGACGCCCAGAGUCUGGGGGGUCUGCUGGGUUCAGACGACCUGAAUGUGACCCAGGAGGAGAGCGUCCUGGAACUGGUGCUGCGCUGGGUGGAGAAGCGCAGGGGAGAUGAGCAGAGUGAGGCCCAGGCCGUGGAGCUCCUCAGGCGGGUACGACUGGAGCUGAUAGACCCCAACUUCCUCAGGAGGGCCAGGAGGAGAAACCCGGUAUUGCUCCGGGAUGCGGAAUGCUUCGGGAUGAUCGACGCGGCUCUUCAGACUUCUUAUCUCUCUGUGGCGGCUGCCCCUCCUCGCCCCACCCUGCGUUACGGGAUGGAGACCACAGACCUGCUCCUCUGCCUGGGGGGGACUGAUGAAGGGGGCGUCCCAGCCCGCCGGGGGGGUCAGGCUGACCUCAGCUUAUGCUUCGCCCCCCAGGCCAGAAGGACGUACUACAUCCCCUCUCCAGUGAAGGGGACAGGGGCGAUCACGGCAGGGGCGGUGACAAGGGACAACAGCAUAGUGGUGGCUGUAGAAGAGGAGGACGAACACAGGACCAAGAGGCUGGGGAUGUACAGGUAUGAUCGGUCUUGUGAGGGCAGCUGGGAGGAGCUAUGCUGGGUGGGGUACAGGGACAUGUAUGCCCUGGCGGCACUAGGUGAUGCCCUCUACCUGCUGGGGGGACAGAUGAAGGUCAGGAACCAUUACAUCAUCACCAACAGUGUUGAGAGGUGGUCGCUGAGAAGGGGCGGGUCCUGGCUGAGCUUCGCUCCUCUGCCUCUCCCAUUGGCCUGUCACUGUGUGGUCAGCCUCAAGGACCACCUUUACGUGCUGGGGGGCUGGACGCCACAGUCGGACCGUCCAGACGAUGAGCCAGACAGGCUGAGUAGCCGUGUGUUCCAGUUUGACCCAGGCAAGGACCGGUGGAUAGAGUGUGAAAACAUGAGAUACUCACGCUACCGCUGUGGAGUCGCCACACUCAAUGGAGAGAUCUACAUGCUAGGGGGUAUAGGGUGUGAGGGGGAGGACCGUGGCCAAUCUCGUCGCUGCCUGAGCUCAGUGGAGAUCUACAACCCAGAAGAAGAUACCUGGAGGUCAGGGCCAACCCUCCCCACAGCUCUCCUCUCUUUACGAACCAAUGCCUCCAACAUUGGGGAGGUGGACGGCAAGCUGUACCUCUGUGGCUACUACAAGGGGGCAGGUCGCCAUGAGAUCAUCACCAAGGAGAUCUUAGAGCUGGAUCCCAAGGACAACGUGUGGACGGUGGUGGAGCGUCGAGCAGCCAUGCAUGACAGCUACAGCGUCUGUCUGGUGGCCAACCUCAACCCCCGUGAUCUCUCAACCCCGAGCUCUGACCAUUGAUGGACACAGGACAAAAAUGGCCUACUCAGAGGAAGAGAAAACACAGAGACAAUAUUGCAUAAAGAGGGACUCAUGUUGCUCUAGGCCUACUCUAUAACUUUGUUUCAUCGUCAAGACAUGAUAGCCUAUAAGCUUAUAAGUACUGUAUGUGGUAUCCCUCAGAUGAAAGGAUAAGGUAUGAAAAUCAAUUGCUCUGUAAACUUACUCUAUAAGGACAGCCUAAGCUUUAGACCAGGGGUAUUCAACUCUUACCCUAUGAGGUCCGGAGUCUGCUGGUUUUCUGUUCUACCUGAUCAUUAGUUGGUGUCCCAGGUCUAAAUCAGUCCAUUAAAUAAUGCAGUAGAACUGGCAGUUGAGCUUGAGGGCUAUAAACUACUAGCCUAUCACACAGACUCUGCAUGAUGUGAUGCCUGUACUAACAUCUGAACUCUGUGUUUCAAUAAAAUACAAAUUAAGACA